GACUGCCUGCUGAGGAAGUUGUGAAGGUGCUCCGCCAGCGAAACGUCCGCGCAGUCUAGAAUCCGUCACCCGAUCGGAAGGUGCUAUAGUUGCUCGUCAGGAGUCAAGAACUUGAAAACCGAUUCGUAAGGAAAUCCGCCAUGAAGUUGACCGCUUUCUUAGAGGCUUCCUUUUUGGUGAUCUGCUGGUCGCAAGCUGUCAGUAGUCAUGUCUUCGGCUACUCUGAACCCAAUCAGCGGCGCUGGGCUCGUCAUCAUGGCCAUUGUGCGGGAAAGACCCAGUCACCCAUUGCCAUCACUACCAGCCGGACGAUAUCCGUUCACAUGCCGGCGGUGGACAUGAUUGGCUAUCACAACCUGCUUCCCUAUCCCCUUAAAAUGCUCAACAACGGGCACACGGUUUCCAUCAGCAUACCCAAGGUCAAUGUGACUGAGGUGGGCGAUGAUUUCCUGCCCUAUAUCCGGGGUGCCAAGCUGCCCGGCGAGUUUGAGUUGGAGGGCCUGCACUUCCACUGGGGCGACAAGAACAACCGGGGAUCCGAGCACGUCAUCAACGACAUCCGAUACACCAUGGAGAUGCACAUUGUGCACCGCAACAAGAAGUACGCCACCAUCGGCGAGGCUCUCAAUCACCCGGACGGUGCCGCCGUGCUGGGAUUCUUCUUCAACCUCGACGAGGACGAGGGUCCGGGUCUGGUGACCAUUAACCGGCACUUGCAUCUGAUUGCCGAUGCCAACCAGGAGGCCACGCUCAACGUCACCUUCUCUUUGUCCUCGCUGAUUGCUGGCGUGGAUGUGGACAAGUUUUACACCUAUAAGGGAUCGCUGACCACUCCACCCUGUUCGGAGGCCGUAACAUGGAUUCUCUUCCCCGAUCCCAUCCCGAUUUCUCCCAAGCAGAUCUCCCGCUUCCGCCAACUGUCGGACACGCAGGAUGGCGCCUUGGUGGACAACUUCCGGACCCUGCAGCCUGUUGGCAAUCGCAGGAUCUUCGCCAGAACUGGUCACGUGCGACACACCUCGAUCGCGGCCCUGAAACACGACAGCGACUAUCUCAAGUACGACUGGUUCUACUGAUCUAAGUGAUCUAUCGAAUCGAACUGGCAGCCGGAUGUGGAGCACUGUGCCAUCCCAUAUUAGGAUACCUCUAAAUUAAGCAUUUAUUAAGUUACACUAACAUGUAGGCUAGCAAUUCACAGAGAAUAAAAAUGUAAUAAAACUAA